GUUGAGAAGAUCAUCGAGCGCGAGAAGCCGUGGCUGAUCACGCUGACGCCUCCGUGCCGGAUGAUGUCCAGACUCCAGACCCUGAACCCUGUGCCAAGAGACAUGGGUAAGUGGAUCAGGGACUACAAGAAGGAGAUGGCGAGCUUCCUGAGGCAGUUCAAGGAGAAGCUGUGCGUGGUCAAGAGUGCUGGGUGCGCGCUGGAACUGAGAGAGCCCGAGACGGGUAAGAGUUUCGCGAAGAAGUGGCAGUCCCUGAAGAACGAUGGCCUGCUCGCGGAGCCUGUGGAGGCCCUGUGCGAGGGAGAACACGAGCACGUGCAAGCCAUCGCCGUCAUGAAGAACGGUAUAAAUCGCAGCACUUUCACCGAUACGUACCCGAACCCGCUGCUGGUGCGGAUCGUGCAGGGAGCCCUGGCGGCUUUGGAUGCCAGGCGGGCGGCGACGAUGCUGUCGGUGAUGAACCCUGAGGUGCCAAAGCUGACGGAGAACAACAUCAAG